AACGUUGCUCUACGGCCCAAAAGCAAGCAUAUUAUUUUUGGACCUACAAAUCUGCACACUCCUGUCCAUUACCGGGCCGGCAAUAAUUGAGUAGAGCCCAAUAACGAGAUACAGAGGCCUGGACUUCUAGCAACAUAGCAGCGAAACGGCAUCUCAAGAGCAGGAAGUCAGGAACUGCAGUCAACGAUUCGAAGAGAUGCAGAAAGCAUUGAGAGUGUAUGGACAGGUUCUUCGGCUAGUGAGGCGGUUACCAAAGGACUCAAGGCCUUAUUACGCUAAAUACGCCCGCGAAAACUUCGUCAACUACAGAGAUGUCGAAGUCAGUGACACACAAUUCCUCGACGAGCUCUUCCUUCGAGCAUAUAACCACUCCCUAUGGGUUCUCAACAAGUAUUCGGUCGAUGAAUCAACUGCCAAUAAGCUAAAGGAAAUUUGUUGCGGCUGAAAAGGGAACAAUGAGUGUGUUUGCCAGCUGUUCGAUGCCAUGCCUCAGUGAGUAGGCACGCUUUCUUUUGUGUUCCAAACGCAAUUUUUUGUGCUUAUUUCUAUAAUUUUAAGAUAUUCAUGCUUGCCGAAUAGCAACAGAUUGUUACGAUCAAUAAUCAUGGUCGAUUGAAUGAAGCAUCUCAUUUUGAUCUA